GAAGCAGAGCUGUGACAUCAGAGCGACGCGGAGGUCAGAAGACCUCUCUUACAGCCAUCUUGGAUCCUGUGCCCUGAAUAAUCCAGAAUGCCAGGCGAAGCCACAGAAACUGUCCCUGUUACAGAGCAGGAGAUGCAGCAGCCCCAGGCUGAGACGGCCACACCAGCUGCUGCGGCCCCUGCUCCCUCUCAGGCAAAGCCUAAAGAGGGCAAAACUAACCCCAAGCUGUCCUCUUCUCCUCACACCACUGCUCCUAAGCCAGUUCCUGCUGGACGCAGGAAACGCUCCUCUCUAUCUGCCUCCUCAAGCUCCCCUACCUCUCCUAAAUCUGCCUCUGGCCCUCGUGCUACCCCCCCAUGCUCCCCUUUGGCCUCUACUCCAGCUGACUGUCCUGUAGCUGGGAAAACUGAGCAGACUGCUCCCAGGGUGGUAAAGGCUGGCAAACAAGGGAAGCAACAGAAAGCAAAGAAUUUUAAACCUGCUGAACCUGAGCAAGCACCUCCCUCUGCCUCUAAGCCUGCUCAGGAUCCUGCACCAGUUGCAGCGCUGCCGUCUCUUGCUAUACCAGUACCAGAGGUAGCAAAAUCAGCAGGAGAUGGAAAUGCUUCCCCUGUCUCUCCCAAAAUUGCUGUGGCUCCUGUUGCCUUUAAAGUAACUUCUAAAUCUGCUGCCCCAGCACCAAAGUCAUUUACAGAAGCUGUGGCUGCCAGUCCACCCAAAGUGGCUGAAGCCCCUAAGGUUGCCCCUGAAGCUCCAAAAGUAGCAACCCCUGCUGUUUCAGAUGCCAAGACUCCUUUGCCUUCAACAGCAGCUGCUAAGCCUGUCCCUGCCCAAGUGCCAAAUGUGAACACGGCCACUGCUGCUCCCCCAAAACCUGCUCCUGCAGCAUUUGAGGAUGAUGAUCUCCCACCUCUCUUACCACCUGAGAAUCCUUUUACAAUGCCUGCUUUCCCCCCUAUGCCACCUAGUACAAUGCCCGUAGUUACCCCACCAGCUCCUAAAACAGAACCUGUCUCUACCAGUAAAGUUGAAUCUGCCCCUAAAGCAAAGGCUGCUCCCAAAGCUAAGCCAGCUCCUAAGGCUGAACAGAAAGCAGCACCUGCCCCAAAAGUUGAGGCUGCACCUAAAAUUGACCCUACUCCUGCCCCUAAAGUUGCAGUCCGUUCUGUCCCUAAGACUGAGGCUGCUCCUACACCUAAAGCUCAGGCUGUCCCUAAGGUUGAGGCUGCUCCUGCACCUAAAGAAAAGUCUUCCCCUAGCCCUAAAGCUGAGCCUGUUCCUUCCCCUAAGGUUGAGGCUGCCCCUAAAGCUGAGUCUACUCCUGCCGCUAAAGUUAAGCCUGUUGCUGUUCCCAAAGCUGAGGCUGCUCCUACCUCUAAAGUUGAGGCUGCUCCUGCUACUAAAGUUAAGCCUGUUGCUGCUCCUAAAGUUGAGGCUGUUCCUGCCCUUAAAGUUGAGGCUGUUCCUGCCCCUAAAGUUGAGCCUGCCCCUAAAGUUAAGCCUGCUCCUGCCCCUAAAGCUGAGUCUGCCCUUGCUUCUAAAGCUGAGGCUGCUCCUGCCCCUAAAGGCAAGCCUACCCCUAAAGCUGAGGCUGCUGUUCCUAAGGUUGAGUCUUCUGCCACUAAAGUUGAGGCUGCCCCUAAAGUUAAGCCUGUUGCUGCUCCUAAAGCUGAGGCGGCGGCUGCUAAAGUUGAGGCUGUUCCUGCCCUUAAAGUUGAGGCUGUUCCUGCCCCUAAAGUUGAGGCUGCCCCUAAAGUUAAGCCUGUUGCUGCUCCUAAAGCUGAGGCGGCGGCUGCUAAAGUUGAGGCUGUUCCUGCCCUUAAAGUUGAGGCUGUUCCUGCCCCUAAAGUUGAGCCUGCCCCUGCUUCUAAAGCUGAGGCUGCUCCUGCCCCUAAAGGCAAGCCUACCCCUAAAGCCGAGGCUGCUGCUCCUAAAGUUGAGGCUGCUGUUCCUAAGGUUGAGUCUUCUGCCUCUAAAGUUGAGGCUGCAGCUUCUAAAGUUAAGUCCGCUCCGGCCCCUAAAGUUAAGCCUACCCCUGCUCCUAAAGUUGAGGCUUCUGCCCCUAAAGUUGAGGCUGCUCCUGCCCCUAAAGGCAAGCCUACCCCUAAAGCUGAGGCUGCUGCUCCUAAGGUUGAGGCUGCUGUUCCUAAGGUUGAGUCUUCUGCCCCUAAAGUUGAGGCUGCCCCUAAAGUUAAGCCUGUUGCUGCUCCUAAAGCUGAGGCGGCGGCUGCUAAAGUUGAGGCUGUUCCUGCCCUUAAAGUUGAGGCUGUUCCUGCCCCUAAAGUUGAGCCUGCCCCUGCUUCUAAAGCUGAGGCUGCUCCUGCCCCUAAAGGCAAGCCUACCCCUAAAGCCGAGGCUGCUGCUCCUAAAGUUGAGGCUGCUGUUCCUAAGGUUGAGUCUUCUGCCUCUAAAGUUGAGGCUGCAGCUUCUAAAGUUAAGUCCGCUCCGGCCCCUAAAGUUAAGCCUACCCCUGCUCCUAAAGUUGAGGCUUCUGCCCCUAAAGUUGAGGCUGCCCCUACCCCUAAAGCUGAACCUGUCCUUGUCACUAAAGUUGAGCCAGCCCCUGUUCCCAAACCAGUUAAAGCCCCAUCCAUACUGGAGCCAGUCAUCAAGAACGACAAGGGGUCUGGCACUGAAUCUGACAGUGACGAAUCUGUUCCUGAACUGGAAGACCAGGACUCUGCACAGACACAAACACAGCAGGCACAGCUUGCAGCUGCAGCUGAAAUCGAUGAGGAACCAGUCAGCAAAGCGAAACAAAGCAGGAGUGAGAAGAAAGCCAGGAAGGCCAUGUCCAAAUUGGGGUUGAGACAAGUUGCUGGUGUUACCAGAGUAACCAUUCGCAAGUCCAAGAACAUUCUCUUUGUCAUCACCAAACCAGAUGUCUACAAAAGUCCAGCUUCAGAUACUUACAUUGUCUUCGGUGAGGCCAAGAUUGAAGAUCUGUCCCAGCAAGCUCAGUUAGCAGCCGCAGAGAAGUUCAAGGUUCAAGGAGAAGCCGUUUCAAACAUCCAGGAAAACACACAGACGCCCACAGUACAGGAGGAGAGCGAAGAGGAAGAGGUUGAUGAGACCGGAGUGGAGGUCAAGGACAUUGAGCUGGUCAUGUCACAGGCCAAUGUAUCCAGGGCAAAGGCUGUGCGUGCACUGAAGAAUAACAAUAAUGACAUUGUCAAUGCUAUUAUGGAAUUGACGAUGUAGAUGGAGAUCAGGGACUGGGUCACAUUAAGAUGUUGCUGAUUUGAUCUACACAAUUGUUUGUACAAUUUAUACACAAGAGAAAUAAAGGCGUGACUUGAUGAAAUGAUA